CGAUGAUAUACAGGACCGUGAUCAUAAAACAACUGUGUAUGUAUGAUUUCUUUUUCGAUAUUAGAGAUGGUAUUGUGAUAUAUAUCCUUGAUGUGAUAUAUAUCACAUAGAAUGAUGAUAUAUGUAUAUCUCACUGGAUGGUGACUGAUUUAUAUCACACCUAAGCUGCUCCAAGCAUCCCUUUGCCAGAUGUAGUACCAUAUGUUUGGUUUUUUAUCUCACUAGUGACUGAUAUACAUAUAUCUCCUGUUAGUUGCUGAUAUAUACCACAAUGGUAACUUAUAAAAGAUUUUUACUGUGGUGGCUGAUAUAUAUCAGUAUUGUGAUAUACAUCACAUUUAAGUUGAUAUAUAUCAUGAAACAAGGUAGUCAAGCCUAAGUCUGUAUUUCAUCCUGACA